CCAUGUCAGAUUCCGAUGUUGAGGGAGAAGAAGAAGACCAGCAAGGGCAAGCAGAGGAUAGAGAUGAAGAAGAUAGAGAACGAGGAAGCCCGCUACAUUAGCUUCUCCAAGAGAAGGAAUGGGAUCUUUGGCAAGGCCAGUGAGCUCUCCACCCUGUGUGGCACAGACUUGGCCGUGCUCAUCUCGUCCCCCACGGGGAAGCUCCAUUCCUUCGGGAGCCCAAGCGUGGCCCUGGUCGUGGACCGGUUUCUUUCGACCGGGGUGGACCACUCCUCCGGUUCGGUUCACGAACAAUCGCGGCGGGGGCAAACGAUCCAGGACCUGAAUCAUCGGCUCAUGGAGCUGGCGCGCCGGCUCGAGGACGCAAAAGCCAAGAAGGCGGCGCUCCAGGAGCGGCUCGAGGCGGCGGCUCGGGGUCUGGAUUGCGAGCGGAUCGAUGAUUUGGAGGGGUUGGGUUUGGACGAGCUCGAUCGGCUCAUGGAGUCACUGGGCCGGCUCAAGGCCCGGGCCAAUGCCCGGACCGAGGAGAUCUUGACGGGCAUCUCUCCCGAGCCGACAACCGUCGAUCAUGUCGGUCCCUGGCGGCAUGGUGGAAUCUCUACCGUCCACUCCGAUUCGGACGGGUUGGGAGCUCAAUGCCCGUCGAACCCGGUUCUUGCCAUGACGAACCAAUUUGACUCGGCAGCACCGCGAUCGAACCCAUUGAUGGAGACUAUCGAUUUUUUAGAUAUUAAUGGCUUGUUCGAAGAAUUUAGCUGUGGCUUGUGUUUCUCUUGCUUCCUCUCUGUCUUUCACCGGAUGGAGGAAAUCUCUCACUUGGGCGGUGACUUUCUCUCGUCGACCACCACCACCACCGCCACCGCCACCGCCACAUCAGCUCCUCUGCGGCCGAAUGCCGCCGUAUAUGGGCGGAAUUGUUACCCAACCAGUGCCACGUUACCCUACCUUCAACCCGGAGCAGGUUCUUCUCGGCAAGCAUCUCAAGUCAGAGCAGUGGAAGGGCGAGUAGGGCAAGGAGAGAUGUGUCCAAGUGAUGCAGAAGACGUCCGGGCCAAGAUCGUGUCUCAUCCUCAGUAUUCCAGCCUUAUUGGAGCCUAUAUCGACUGCCAAAAGGUGGGAGCGCCGCCGGAUGUGGUGGAACGGCUGUCGGCCAUAGCUCGGGAGCUCCAGUCGCGCUGCACCCGCCGUCAGGGUUCUUCCUCAGACCCCGAGCUCGACCAGUUCAUGGAAGCAUACUGUGAUCUGUUGGUGAAGUACCGAGAGGAGCUAACGAGGCCAUUACACGAGGCCACAGACUUCCUAAAGAGAGUCGAAUCACAGUUCAACGCUCUCACCAACACUUCAUCGCCGCGGCUCUUCUCCUUCGAACCUGCGGAUGAGAGAUGCGAAGGUGUCACAUCCUCUGAAGAAGAUCCAGACGCUAGCGGUGGUGGAGACAUCGAUCUUCCCUUGAUCGAUUCGCAUGGUGAGGAUAAAGAGCUGAAGCACCACCUUCUAAAGAAGUACGGUGGGUACUUGGGCAGUCUCAGGCAGGAGCUAUCCAAGAAGAAGAAGAAAGGAAAACUGCCAAAGGAAGCCCGGCAAAAACUACUAAACUGGUGGGAGCUGCACUGCAAGUGGCCAUAUCCAUCGGAAACAGAAAAGGUGGCCCUGGCUGAAUCAACAGGCCUCGAUCCGAAGCAAAUCAAUAAUUGGUUCAUAAACCAAAGGAAACGGCAUUGGAAACCAUCGGAGGACAUGCAGUUCGUCGUGAUGGAUAGCUUCCAUCCGCAGAAUGCUGCCGCCUUAUACAUGGAAGGACAGUUCAUGGUUGACGGCCUUUAUCGCACCGGUCCAUAAUUUCCGGAUGCCUACUUGAAGAGUUCUGCACACAUAACCAUCGCAUCGUCAUUAGAUUAUCAUUAAGUUCCUCAAUGUUGUUUAGUUCGCCAUAAAAAUAUUAUGAUUAAACUGUUUGUAUUUGUAACUAUAGUUCGUUCCAUGGUGUCUCAAUACCUGAAGUUGUUCUUAUUUCAUGUUGCAUCAUA